AAAUUCAUCACCACCUUCAUUAAUUAGGUGAACAACAUGUGAUGUGGAGUGGAGCAGCUUCAACCAAAACAUCUGCAUAAGCUUAGUUCUAAGAACCCGAGUGGUGCUUUGGACCAAGAUGUUUGCCUGCAGCCAAGACAACCUAACAUGGCCAUCGGAGACUAUUGACAUUUAUACUUGAUGAUGUAGGAAAGGAGGAGGAGCCUACUCAAAACCCUCAAUUGUUGUGGUAGUAUACACAAGGAUUUGUAACUUCACAUGUACAAAACUUUACAACAAUGCGGUCACUUUUCAUAUCUCCAAUAUUGCAUACUUGUCUCAUGCUUUCUCUCCGUUUCUCGCAUUCAAACUCGGGAAAUCUUUCAAUGUUGGGAAGAAAAAAGUAUCAUCGACACCGAGUUUAAUUCGGUGUAACAAACUAGCCUCAAGCCCAAUCGUAGAACACGUUGGGCCAUAAUCGUAAAUAGAAGAUCUUAAACCUUAAGCCCAAUCCAUAAUCUCAGUUGACUAUCUAACCUCGGUCGGUCCACACAGAAACGGCGCCGUGUAACAUGGUUUCUCAUUUUUCGCUCCUAAACGUCCAUCCAACUUAAUCUGGUCCUGGAGGAGUGAGGAACACUCACUGUCAACACAACUAGUUUCGGACACGAGGAGAGAGAAAAAAGAGAGGCAGACAGCAGACAGCAGGGAGCUCCAGAGUCGAAGAAAAAUGCAAGAUCCGGCGAACCCGAAACCGGAUCCGAGCUCUAGCUCUCAGGCCUCUCAGAGGCCACGCAUGACGACGCCGUUUCCGGACGCAAGUCCCAGCCUUUCGUUCCGGGGCUCCUACCACCGUCGAGCCCAAUCCGAAGUCCAAUUCCGGAUCCCCGACGACCUGGAUCUGCUCCAGGACCCGUUCGACGGCCCAUCCGGCAGCUUCGAGGAGCUGGGCGGCUCCGAGGACGACCUCUUCUGCACCUACAUGGACAUCGAGAAGCUCGGAUCCAAGCUCGACGAUGGACCCUCCGACCCAAAAGUCGAGAAUCCCGGAGGCUCCGCGGAGACAGGUGUCGAGCUUGGUGGAGAGAUGAGUGCGAGGCCGAGGCACCGGCAUAGCAACUCGGUUGACGCGUCUUUGGACAGCAUAGAGGCCAAGAAGGCCAUGGCUCCUGAUAAGCUCGCCGAGCUCUGGACUGUCGACCCAAAACGAGCUAAGAGGAUUUUGGCAAAUCGGCAGUCUGCUGCUCGGUCAAAAGAGAGGAAGGCCCGGUACAUCUCAGAACUUGAAAGAAAAGUUCAGACCCUACAAACAGAAGCUACUACCCUAUCUGCACAACUCACUCUGUUCCAGAGAGAUACAACAGGCUUAUCUACUGAGAACUCAGAGCUUAAGCUUCGGGUGCAAGCUAUGGAACAACAAGCUCAGUUACGUGAUGCUCUCAAUGAUGCACUGAAGAAAGAACUUGAGAGGCUCAAGAUUGCAACCGGGGAAGUACUAACACACACUGAUUCAUACAACAUGGGAAUGCACCAAAGUCCAUAUUCGCAAUCCCCCUUCUUUCCCAGUCAGUCACAAGCAGGGCAGCGUGAUUCCCAGAACAUUCACAUGCCACAGUUUCAUCCUUUCCAGCCAAAUAUGUCAGCUCCCCAUCAGCCUAUGCUUUCUGCAGCCCAGUCACAUGCGUGCUCAGAUAUGUUGCAGCAGGAUUCAAUUGGCCGAUUUCAGGGGCUUGACAUCAGUAACAGAGGUUCUCAUCUAGUGAGGCCUGAAGGGCCCUCCAUAUCUGCCGGUGAAAGCAACAGGAGAUUUUGAAUGCUGAUCUACCCCAGGUCCACCUUAUUUAUUGGAUUGUUCAUAGACUGACCUCAACCAAAGGUAUGGUUUAAACUCGUUUAUUGGACUUUGAUUCUUUGAAUUGAUUGCUCCCAAAAUUUUUGGUAGCUGCUUUAGGUCUUAAGCAGUUCAUGAAUGCUUAUUCAGUUCCUAAUUGAUUCCUUGGGGUUGCUCAUGUGAGAAUAGAGCAUUGUAAUAGAUGCAACUUUUCAUGCCUGGGAUCCCCCUAUCCCUUCCUUUGUGUUCUGUUCAUUUGUAACCCUUGAAAUUGUCAUACUGUGGAAAUCGGUGUUAUGUUCAUAUUGUGGUUUUGACUUUUAUGUAGUGGAUUGACUCUCUC